GUCCUCCUUUUUUGCCAUAGCCACCUGCUUGCUCCAGCCCAGACAAUGGUGGAGGAUCACUGUGUACAAGUAGGGGAAGUUUAAACCUCUUGUUCAAAAUUCCUGUUUUCCAAAAUUCUCCCUCCCUGUGAUUUUAAAUCUUGAUACCCCCAUUUAAUCAAAGGGGGUACCACAUUAUGACAAGAUCGGUAUAUGGAAAUAGGCUUCUGCUCGAGCAUGGGUUGGGGUGUGGGUGGUGUCUGUCAAUGCAGCCUUGCUUUCAGUUGUUUUUACAUGUAACUUUGAGUUGGAGGUGUAUAUAGCUUUAGUGCACCUUUCCCCAACCUAGCACUCUCCAGAUGGGAGUUGUAGUCCAGUACUUCUGGUGGGUGUUGGGUUGGGGAAAGGUACUUAAGUUGAUCGACGCUUUCAUUGCUUUUAGAUAGGCUGGAUCAUUUAACUAGCUUUGCAGGCCUAUAUUUAACAGAUGCCUGGUUUGCUGUUUAAAUAGGGAAACAAGCCAGUGUGACUUCAUUCACUUUGUGUAUAUAAUGGGAAUGACUUGUAUGAAUAGCAAACUUUUUUUUUUUUUUUUGGUUUGGCAAAUAGGUGGGUAAGCACAGUACCAUCCAAUCACCUGCGGUUGCUUUUCCUCCACCCCCUCAGAGCAAGCAACUUCAUACCACCUACUGCUUCUACUUUUUAAGGCAGAUACUUGAGGAAAAAUCCUCCUGAACCAUUUGCUGCCUGCACCUAAGAAAAAGGAGACCUGCAUAAUCUGAAUACUAGUUGUUGGACUUCCUCAUCCAAAAUGAUGACCUGCGGAUCAGCCGUGUCAUUUCUUCAGUGCCUUUUGCGGAGAAAAAUCAUCACUCUGGACAGCCUUGAAGAUUCCAAACUAUGUCGUUGUUUAUCCACUGUGGACCUUAUUGCCCUAGGAGUUGGAAGCACCCUUGGAGCUGGUGUUUAUGUUCUUGCUGGAGAAGUUGCAAAAUCAAAUUCUGGACCUAGUAUUGUAGUCUCUUUUCUCAUAGCUGCUUUAGCGUCUGUGAUGGCAGGACUUUGUUAUGCAGAAUUUGGUGCACGUGUUCCAAAGACUGGCUCUGCCUAUCUGUAUACUUACGUAACUGUUGGCGAACUCUGGGCUUUUGUUACUGGCUGGAAUCUCAUUUUGUCCUAUGUUAUAGGUACAUCAAGUGUAGCAAGAGCAUGGAGUGGCACCUUUGAUGAACUUCUUGGGAAACAGAUUGGUGACUUCUUCAAAACUUACUUCAGAAUGAAUUACUCUGGUCUAGCAGAGUAUCCAGAUUUUUUUGCAGUUUGUCUUAUAUUGCUCCUAGCAGGUCUUCUAUCUUUUGGAGUAAAGGAAUCCGCAUGGGUGAAUAAAGUUUUCACUGCAGUUAACAUCUUGGUCCUCCUCUUCGUCAUGACCUCUGGUUUUGUGAAAGGCGACAUUAAUAACUGGAAGAAAACAGAGGAAUUUCUUACAAACUACACAGCAAAAAUAAAAAAUCUAUCAUCUUUUGAGAACGUGACAAGUGCAUUUGGAAUUGGUGGCUUUAUGCCAUAUGGCUUUACAGGGACUCUGGCUGGUGCGGCAACCUGCUUUUACGCUUUCAUAGGAUUUGAUUGCAUUGCCACAACUGGGGAAGAAGUCAGGAAUCCCCAGAAAGCCAUACCCAUUGGAAUUGUAACUUCUUUACUUGUCUGUUUUAUGGCCUAUUUUGGAGUUUCAGCUGCUUUAACUCUUAUGAUGCCAUACUACUUACUAGAUGAGAAUAGCCCUCUCCCUGUAGCAUUUGAGUACGUUGGAUGGGGUUCAGCAAAAUACGUCGUAGCAGUUGGAUCUCUGUGUGCCUUAUCCACAAGUCUUCUGGGCUCUAUGUUCCCUUUGCCCCGCAUUCUGUUUGCCAUGGCCCGAGAUGGUUUACUGUUUAGAUUUCUUGCCAAAGUGAGCAAGAGGCAGUCUCCAGUUGCUGCCACAUUGACCGCAGGGCUCAUCUCUGCUGUAAUGGCUUUUCUGUUUGACCUAAAAGCCUUAGUAGACAUGAUGUCUAUUGGUACACUUCUCGCAUACUCACUGGUAGCUGCUUGUGUUCUCAUUCUUAGGUACCAACCCAAUUCAGACUAUGAGCAGCCAAAAUAUUCAGCUGAAAAAGAGGCUCUUGCAGGACCCGAAAGAGAAUCUCAAAUUAGUAUGAUACCCGGGCACAGUUUUAGCCUACAAACGCUGAUUAACCCAUCAAGUUUGCCAACUGAACAGUCUUCCAACAUGGUGAAUUUUCUUGUGGGUCUUUUGGCUUUCCUGGUUUGUGGCUUAAGCAUACUGACCACCUAUGGGAUUCAUUUUAUUGCCAAUUUGGAACUUUGGAGUCUCUGUCUCCUUGGAGUUCUUUCAUUACUGUUUAUCAGUGUCAUACUUGUCAUCUGGAGGCAACCACAGAGUGAACAGAAAGUGGCAUUUAUGGUUCCACUCUUGCCGUUGUUGCCAUCUCUGAGUAUCUUAGUGAAUAUUUACUUGAUGGUACAGCUAAGUAGAGAGACCUGGAUCCGAUUUAGCAUCUGGAUGGCACUUGGCUUGCUUAUUUACUUUGCCUAUGGAAUCCGAAACAGUGUGGAAGGUCAUCCUAGGGAAGAAGAAGAUGAUGAUGAAAACAGUUGCUCAGAAAAAAGUGAAACUCCAGAAAAAAACCAUGUGGGAAUUGCAAAUGAACAAGAAAAUGCAAGUGAAAGUGCUCAGUUUAUUACGCACGAAAGGACAAGUGAAUGUUGAAGGUGGCUGAAUCCCAUGCUAUGUAUGUCGUUCAAGCAGUGAACUGUAAUGGAAUGUAGUUGCUUGGGAGAGCAAAAUGGUCCAACAUUUACUCCCAAAAGAUUCACCUACACCUACUUGCGCUUUGUGAUAUCAUCUACUAGAACCAUGAAAGAUGAUCUAGAGUGACUGCUAGAUAUAUCAUCCAAAGGAGAUAUUCUCAGGUGGUGGUUACCUGAUGUGAAACUACCAAGAAAGUGGAGGGGAAGAAGAUUUCCAUUGAGCUGUCAUGCUAACAAUGUUGGAAACAUGCUUGGCAGCAUCCUACAACUUUAAUUGACAAGACAACCUAGAACUAAUUCCUUAGAGUAUCUAGAGCGGUUUGACGUGGUUUACUAGAGAGAUGUGGCUUUUGUUUCUGUGUUUUAAAAUUGUGAUAGCAGUGUUAUAUAAGCAGGUGACUAGAUGUUGUCAGCCCUUCUGCUGUCAUAGAAAUGUUAAUUCUUGAAAAAAUAUUUUAAAACUGCAGGUGGGUAGGUAGGGAAUUUGGCAUGUUUUAGCAAUGCCAUGUUAUGCAUACCUAUAAAAUAACGGUAUAUGUUACAUCUUGCUCCACAUUUUAUGUGCAACUAAUACAAAACAUUAAUAACCUUUCAAAACCUUGCUAAUUAUAUUCAGAAGCAAUGCUUGUCAUUACUAACAUGGAUAUCCUUCAGUCAGAAUCUGUUUUGAAAGUAUCUUUAUAAUAAUCCUUUUCCAAAUUCACCUUCCUCGUCAGUGAAAAUUGAAAACUUAGGCCGUUGCUACUAACUGGCAAGAAAGUUUAAUAAUAAGUUCACCUACUGAAUGUAUUUAUUUCUGCUGAAUGACUGCUUGAUAUUGCUGAAAGAAUGAAUAUUCUGAGUUUGUCAAUAGCUACUACUGUUCCUUUACAGCAGUAAUACGAACUCGUGUGAACGUAUGCAUACUUUACUUUUGAUAGAUUAGACUCUGGUGAAACAAACGUGUUCAUAGUAUUCUGCAGCUAAGGAAAACGAAACUCCUAGGACAGGGCUGUAGAACCUUAAGCCCAGGGGUUAAAGAUAGCCUUCCAAGCAUACCAGUCUGGCUCCUCAGGAUUGUUCCCUUGACCCCAUCACCUGCUAUUUGGUGAUUGCCUGGCUUUUGUGCAGACUUUCCCCAUUCUGUAAGGUUGAAAUGCCUCUCUUAAGGCUUAAUUACUGGUAGUGAGGCUUUGGGCCAAAAUAUUUGACUUCAAACCACCAAAAUAUUUGAUAUUUUGACCCAGCUCCAUCCCGCGCACCACUGAAAUGCAGCCCUUGAGAACCUCUCUGAGGUGAAACUUGUCCUCAGGCUGAAAAAGGUUCUCCACCCCUAUUUUAGGAUGUCAUGAAGCCCAGGGGCAAGGAAUUUGGCAGCUUUUGCUUUUGUUUUUGUCCAAAUCUAAAAAACUGUGGAUCAUCUUAACUAUAGUUACAUGGCAAAUUUGAUCUCUGUGUUGAAGCUGGCUUGUUUAAACAGACCAUUGUUCAAUACAUAAUUUAGUGUUCAGACAUAAUACUAAAGUCUGGAUAACUUGCUUGCAGAUAGUCUGAUCGCCCACUUGCAGCUGUGGGAGAUCUAUGUCUUUCUAUGGCUUGUUUUCAUCAAAAUAAACUAUAGUUUAUUGUUUCCAUACACAGACACUGAGGGUUCUCUUACUUUGCUGGAAGUACUGUGCCCUUCAGUGGUUUGGAUAUUGCCAUAGCUGUUCUAAUAAGUUCUAAAUAAAUUAUGAACAGACUUUAUUUUUCCAUGCAAUGUGUUUCCAUCUUAACGUGUGUGUGUGUGGGGGGGGAGUUUGUAGGAGGUAUGUGGAAAAACAAAUACCUGAUCCAAGUAAGUUUUGAAAGACAAUGUUUUGAGGAUGAUGGAUGUUUCCCUAUUUUGAGGUAGUAUUUUACAUAUAAAUUUUGAGGUCUAUUUAAAUGCUUAAUUCAGAGCAAACAGUCACUUUUUGGUUGCAUGUUGUUCUGUAUAGUCAUAUCGAUAGGCACUGUAGCUAAUUAAUAAGUUGCAUUUAGGGUACACCAUUUUGCAGAGACAUAGCAAAUACAUUUUGAGUCCGGUUCACCUGCUUAGCUUGUUUGUAAGACAGCAUAUGUGAAAGUGCUUGAGGUAAAUAGAGCAAAAAGGAAGCAGAACUGCCUACAUCACUGUUUUCCUUCUUCCUCUUAGAUGAAGAGAAUGUAAGGAUAGAGGGAGCUCUCUCCCCUGCAGGAAUACUGAAUUACAAAAAUGCAGUUUGUCUGAUGUCUUUUGCUUUGUGAGCUGUAACUUUUUCAAGCUUUUGAUUCCAACUAUGGGGUUAAAAAAGACAUGUCUAAAGGGAAGAAGGACUUCCAGGAUUUUAAGGCAGUUUCCCCCAAACUGGCAUGCUCCAGAUGUAUUACAUUGCAACUCCCAUAAUUCCCAGACACUUUGCUUUUUAUGAAUAAGCUUGUGUAAAUGGCUGAAAAGAAACAUUUACAUAAUUAUGAAAUCAGAUGCUUGUGUGAGAAAUUUUGUUAAGAUAGAAUAUCUUGACGGCUAACAGUAUGUAAAUAGUAUUACAGCAGAGUCUGAAUUAUAUUCCUGUGAUCAGUUGCUUUUUUUGCAGUGCUAUAGACUCACUCAUUUGAGAACUGCCUAAAGGAUUUUUGUAUUGGGGAAAAAGUUAUUGAAAUAACUGAAAAGAGUGUAACAUUAAGAGAAGAGAAAAAUAAGGGAGGAAUGGUGCUUUUUAGUGACUGAAAAAGAUUAAGUUUAUAAUUAAUCUUUUAAAAGCAUUGGAUUGUGUGUACUGUUAAAAGUUUAUGAGUAGUAAAUAUUAUAAACAAUGAAAACUUAAUGAAGAGAGGUGUUAUUCACCUUAUCUGAGUGAAAUAACCAUAAAUCUGAAGCAAAAGAAUAAUUUGGAUUGUGAGCAUCUUCACACUAUACUGGAUGUUCUUCACAUGUGGAAAGGAAUUGGCACUGUUGACACUGGCUUAAAAGCCAAAUAACUUCCGGAUCUCCUAAUUUGGCAUUUUGAAUACAGUGUUGCUCACAAGUGUAGUCGUGGCUUUGGAAAACAUGUGGAAAGUGUUCUCUAUAUACAAAAAGCCUCUGGAUCCAGUUUAGCUUAUUACUGUAAAAAUGGACAUAUGUAACUGUGUCUUAGAAAAAAGCAUUAACAUGAAAGGCAGCCCUUGUUCUUUGGUUUCUAGAAGUAAUUUAAAGAAAUAUUCAACUUGAGGGGAUGCUCCCACAGGAAACUGGACUGAAAGGUAGCCAAACAUUUCCCUAAUCAGAGGGAAGCAAGUGUGAAGAAACAAGAAUGCCUCUGCUUUAUGCUCUGGCCAGCUCAUGGUGGCAGUGAGGUGUGCGUUCAUGCAUUCAUUUUAAAAUAACAACUGAGGGAUCCCGGAUUGUUUUACUUCAUGUGAAUUUGAAACCUCUCAGUUAAAUUAGAUUAAUCCAAAAUUAACCCAAACAUGCUGGAACUGCCACUGUGACUGUUAGCUAUGCAAGAGCUGUAUUUAUGGUCACAUGGAUUAUCUUUCCUUCCCAGUGCUUACUGGGGACCUGAACAGAAGUUUUUUGCAGUGGGUAGUGAAGGGUACACCAAGAAGUAACAUUUUUACAUCAGCAUAGCUCUGCAUUAUAAGCUGAAAAAAAUUACUACCGUAUGAAUUUUAAAAAAUACAAAUUCUUCCACCAGAAAAAGUGAAACCGUUUUCAUACUUAAUUUUACUACAUUCUUUUAGUUCUUGUCUCAUUUUAUUUUAGUAGGCACUUUGAAAGUAUAGGUUACUUUAUGCAAGCUUUACAUGAGGCAGAUCAGAAACUUGGAAAAACAUUUCAAAAGAGGGUUUAAAAAGAUAUACGUAAUGUGUUGGAUGCAAACAUUUCUUUCCAUGAACAGAAAAAACUAGGAGAGAAGGGCAAUGUCAGUGUGAUUUGUCAUUCAGGACAACUUCAAUUUUGAGUGUUAAAAGGUUCUAGAUCCAUGGUUCUAAAUCCCAAAAUAGGUCCAUCACAAUAGGUGGCUUCUAUAAUGCUCAAAAUAAAAGUUGCACUGGGUAAGGAGCUCCACCUACAGAGGAUUCAACCACUUUCCCUGGAAAGUACUCUUUUCCCCAGUGACAAAUGGGCUGCUCCUGUCCAAGGAAAGGAAUCCUAGUAUGUGUGUUUUAAUACUUUUCUUGAGAACACAGUGAAAAACAUAAUGGGAAUAUGGGUAACCAGUGUGAGUUAACGUGGUGAAAGUGGUUAGCAUUGGACUGGGAAUCAGUAGAUCUGUAUUAUAGUCUCCACUUGGUCAUGAAACUCACUGGGCCAGCAUUGACUCAACCUAAGCUACUAACCAGGGUUGUUGGGAGGACAAAAAUGGAAUGGAGGCAGGACCAUAGAAGCUGCCUCUGGUUCUCCUUGCAAGAGGGAAAAGAGCAAGCUAUACAUUUGAUGAUAAUCAUCUAAUAAAGAUUUUUUAAUGCUAAAAUUAAUACACCAUUUUCAGUAUCCACAGGCGCAUUGGAUUAUUACUUAAUUCUGUGUAUGUCUGUUUUGAUCACGUGGCAGGUAAAUGUUAACAAAUUCUGAAAGUUUCAGUAUGAACACAGAAGAACAGAAUUACCCAUCCCAGUCUCGGAGACCUGCAGAUCUGCUUUUUUCCAGUGGAAUGAAUGGGGCAGCCUGUGCACUAGAUGAGGCUGUUGCAGCUCUUUGAGAAGGCUUUCUUAUUAGCAAUUGUUUUUCCCUUCCAGUGAAGAAUAGUGGACUGCCCAAGUCCACCCUUUAAACUUUGAAUGGGGAAUACCUUUGUUUCAAUAUAUAGCCAAAAGCCAAUUAAACGUUUCCAAAUACCUGAGUUCUUACCAUGUCAACAGUUAUUACUAACCUGUAGCUAAACAUUAGAGAAACAAACGAUUUCUUCACUUUUCUUCCCAAUGCUACAAAAGUUCAAUUCUAUUUUUGCCCACUUCAAUUGAAGCCAAUGGGAAAGAAUUGUUCUUAGCCAUUCCAGCACAAGCACAGAUCACCAGCCAGUUUUGGGUGGGGGUGUCUAGGGGCUGGGAGAGGUGUGAACCCUCCUGGCUCACUUCCAGUACAUCUGUCUUUGUCCCUUACUGGUGUUUAAGUUCUAACAUUGGAAAGGAACUGCCACUGAAGUUUCCAUUCUGGCUGGAGGAGAAAUCCGAGGCUGGACUUCUCCACCUGUGGAAGAGGGGAAUCCACCAUAUCUUAAGGCUCCAGGGACAUCUCAUACACGCACACUUUAGUCAUUAUUACCAUGUAUAUGUAUUUGCUGCACACAUAAAUAGGGAAAAAUUGUUUUAGCUUCAGCCAGGAUGUUUAAUAUACACCAUGAAGAAAAAAAAUCAGAUUUUUUAUUAAUGUAAAGUUGCAUUUAGAUAUGCAAAGGAAAGAAAUACUUGGUGUUUUAACUUUUACAAGAAAAUGUCAUUACUUUAUCGCUACUGUAGACUUUGAGAAGACAUGUAUAGUGCUGCUGUUCACUGUAAAAGAAAAUGCUGCUUGGAACACUUUGUUGCCUUUGUUGUAUAUUUUUAAAAUAAAGUUUAAAAUUGUA